GAGGGAAAGUUUUCGUUGACGGCGGCCGCCUGACACCCCGCUCGGAAGGCGUCCGGCCUCCAGGCCUCUCCCUGGGCGGGAGCGGGGCAGAGCUCCAGCAGGCGAGCAAAAGGCGCCUCAGGAGGGAGUGAAAUCUUCCUUCGCAGCCACCUGCAGUCCCGACUCAUCGACGCCCGCGGUUCCACCGGCCUUCGUCCUCCCUCUUUCCUGAGGAGAUUCUGCCGUCGUUUGCCCCGAGACCUCCUCAGCGAGGGCCGCCAGAUGGGUUUCCCCCCUUUUCCCGAUAAGUUAUCUGCGUUGGUUUAGACCCUCAGUAGAGGGACCCAACACUCCUGCUUUCAUCAGUCGUCGGCAUCUGGCUGAUUAGCCUUCUGUCCGUUUCUCUCCACUUGAGAAGACCACGUUAUUCAGUGGCUCAGAUAUGUGGCCAGGUGUAUUUGCAAUAAGAUGUAUGGGGAAAUAAAACUUGCAUUUCCUUAAUGAUUGCGCUGGGGCUUCCGUUGGCUCCUUGAAAAUUGGAGUCUGGGCCUGUGCUGCCUAGUGAAGGGGAGAACCUGCUUUUUAGUUAGGCAUCCUCCCAUUCCUGACCCUGCGCUGAUGUGUGAAAAGAUGAACAGCAGACUUAUCUCUUACCCCUGACUUGUAAACCUCUUGAGUCUCACUCCCUGAAAUUUUUAUUGUUUCUCUGGUGAGGAAAAGCUUAGGCAGUGAUUACGGAAGAGAAUAGAGCGCAUACAUCCCAAACAAGUAUUUGUGUGUGAGUCAUUCACUUGGAUUUAUAACUAUCUCCACCUUAAUUUGAACAAGUUUUGUUUCUCAUUGGAGUCAUCAUAUGCUUGUUCACAUCUUUGAGGGAGAUGGAUUAAUGUGGAACUUCUUAAACUUGCUACAAGCCUUAUUAAAGAAAACAAUGGGGCUUCUCUAUUGGAUUAUUGCCUGUAUUAGUUCACAGACUGAAGGUAUGAGUUGUUAGAUCUUGAUGGCAGGUAAUGUUUGUCCUGCUUUAAUGUGAAGUACAGUGGGAGUUCUGCUUAUCAACUGUGGAGGGGGGCUUGGAUCAAGAAGAGUUUCUCUUCUUUCCUGGUUGGUGUGGCACCACAUAUCUAUCCUCAAUGCCUUCAGCCUUGGCUAUCUUUACUUGCCGCCCGAACUCUCAUCCAUUUCAAGAACGGCAUGUCUACCUGGAUGAGCCUGUCAAAAUUGGACGAUCAGUGGCUCGAUGUCGACCAGCUCAAAAUAAUGCCACCUUUGACUGUAAAGUCCUAUCUAGGAAUCAUGCACUUGUCUGGUUUGACCACAAGACAGGAAAGUUCUAUCUUCAAGACACUAAGAGCAGUAAUGGCACCUUUAUAAAUAGUCAGCGAUUGAGCAGAGGAUCUGAAGAAAGUCCACCAUGUGAAAUUCUGUCUGGUGAUAUUAUACAAUUUGGUGUAGAUGUAACAGAGAACACACGGAAAGUCACUCAUGGAUGCAUUGUCUCAACAAUAAAACUAUUUCUCCCUGAUGGUAUGGAAGCUAGGCUACGGUCAGAUGUCAUCCAUGCUCCAUUACCAAGUCCUGUUGAUAAGGUUGCUGCUAACACUCCCAGUAUUUACUCUCAGGAACUGUUUCAGCUUUCUCAGUAUCUUCAGGAGGCCUUACAUAGAGAACAAAUGUUGGAACAGAAGUUAGCCACCUUACAGCGGUUGCUUGCUGUCACACAAGAGGCAUCAGAUACAAGCUGGCAGGCUUUGAUAGAUGAAGAUAGACUCCUAUCAAGGUUAGAGGUUAUGGGAAACCAGUUGCAAGCUUGUUCAAAAAAUCAAACAGAAGAUAGUUUACGAAAGGAACUUAUAGCGUUACAAGAAGACAAGCAUAAUUAUGAGACAACUGCCAAAGAAUCCCUGAGGCGGGUCCUUCAGGAAAAAAUUGAAGUGGUCAGAAAACUCUCAGAAGUAGAGCGAAGUUUAAGUAACACGGAAGAUGAAUGUACUCACUUGAAAGAAAUGAAUGAACGGACUCAGGAAGAAUUGCGGGAAUUAGCUAACAAAUACAAUGGAGCUGUAAAUGAAAUCAAAGAUCUUACUGACAAACUAAAGGUAGCUGAAGGUAGACAAGAAGAAAUCCAGCAAAAAGGGCAGGCUGAAAAAAAGGAAUUGCAACAUAAAAUUGAAGAGAUGGAGGAAAGAGAGCAAGAACUUCAAGCAAAGAUAGAGGCUUUGCAAGCAGAUAAUGACUUCACCAAUGAACGGCUAACUGCUUUACAAGUCCGGUUAGAACAUCUUCAGGAGAAAGCUCUUAAAGAACACAACAGCUUAGGCAUACAAGUUGAUGACUUCGUUCCUAAAAUUAAUGGAAGCACAGAAAAAGAGCACUUUCUUUCAAAGAGUGGAGGGGACUGCACUUUUAUUCAUCAAUUCAUAGAGUGUCAGACAGACAAGCUCAUGGACGAAGGACAUCUUUCCAGAGCGGAUGAAACAAAGAUACUGAAAGAAAAUCAGGCAAAAGCUAAAGAAGCUGAGCUUUCAGAUACUCUGAGCCCGAGCAAAGAGAAAAGCAGUGACGACACUACAGACGCUCAGAUGGAUGAUCAUGAACUAAAUGAACCUAUUGCUAAAGUUGCUCUCUUAAAAGCAGAUGAAUUGCAGGGUGCACAAUCAGAAACUGAGACUAAACAGGAAAUUCAGCAACUGCACCACGAACUGAUUGAAGCCCAAGAGCUAGCUAGAACCAGUAAACAAAAAUGCUUUGAAUUGCAAGCUCUGUUGGAAGAAGAGAGAAAAGCCUAUCGAUUGCAAGCUGAAGAGUCCACCAAACAAAUUCAAGUUCUCCAAGCUCAGUUGCAUCGACUACAAAAAGAUAUUGAACGUCUUCAUGAAGAAAAGGAAAAUGAGAUCUCCAGUACUCGGAAUGAAUUGAUGAGUGCUCAGAAUGAGAUCCUGUUGUUGCAAGAAGUGGCAGAAAAGGCUGCGUCAGAAAGGGACACAGAUGUCACUGUUUUACAAGAAGAGCUUCAGAAAGUAAGAGCUGAGCUUGAACGAUGGCGUAAAGAGGCUUCCAAAUAUGAAAAAGAAAUUGUCAGUCUGCAAGCCAGUUUUCAGCUACGAUGUCAGCAAUGUGAGGAUCAGCAGAGAGAGGAAGCCACCCGUUUACAAGGUGAACUUGAAAAGUUGAGAGAGGAGUGGACUGUUCUUCAAUCUGAAUGUCUCUCAUUAAAGAAGGAGAAUUCUUUGCUUGCAUGUGAACUUCAGCGACGGGAGAAGGAGCUACAUAACUCUCAGCAACAGAGUUUAGCACUUACCAGUGAUCUGAGUGUUCUGGAGCUAAGCCGAAAGGAACUUGAAAAUAAGAUGGGUUCUUUAAAAGAAGAACAUCAGCGUGAUGCAGCUACUCUAAAAACACUUCUUAAUGAGGCAGAAAAUCAAGCUAAGGAUGCUCUGAAUGAGUAUGAAAAGACACAGACCAUGCUUUCAGAGCUGAAGUUAAAGUUUGAAAUCACUGAGCAGGAAAAGCAAUCAGUCACCGAUGAACUUAAGCAGUGUAAAGAGAACCUGAAGCUACUUCAAGAAAAAGGAAACAAUAGACAAUGGCCUUGGAUGCCUGUGAUGGCAGCGUUGGUAGCUGUGACAGCCAUGGUGCUGUACCCAGGCCUCACCAGAGCUUCUCCAUGAGAAUCCAUGCCCCACGCUCCAUCCAGAAGCUGGCAUCAUUCACACACUGAGGGAAACAGAGAGUCAUCCUCUUCCUCACCCUUUUUUUACCUCUUAGCCCUUCAGAGUUUGGCAGCAGCAGGGUCGUUGCUUUACACUGUACAAAAUGUAUCUGUUAUAAAGAGGGAAUAAAAUAAUUAUUUCAUUCUAUGGUGAGCAAUAUUAUUGCUUACACUUUUAUGUAAUUCUUAAGAUUAUAUGUUGGAGUCCUAAAUACUGUUAUGGUGGCCUCAAGUAGGCUUCUUGGUACCAAAUUAUUUAUGAUGGUUAGGUGUGUGGAUAUUUUACUUAAAAAAAUUGAUUGCCCGAUUGAAAGCAAUGCAUUUUCCCUGAUUUGGAUACCCAUGCCAAAUAUCCUUUAAAUACUUCGAAGUCGAUGCAGUGUGCUCAGUGCCUUUCAGUUUGAUAUUAUUUGUACAUUAACAUAUCAUUAUUUUUACUUGCUGUGAGUCACUGAGCUAUUGGGAACAAUUUUCUUUUUUCCAGGUCUUCUGAUAAAAACAAAUAUUUUUGUUCGGUAAAAGCCCUAUUUUAUUGAUGACUUGGGAGCUUGUAUAAUUCAUUAUCAGCCUUAAAGAGCUCUAGAAAGGAAAAUGAGUGAAAAGCAUAAGUCUAGACUGUUUUUGUGUGCAUGUGUGUGCCUGAGUGAAUUAAGGUUUUUCUGGGAGCAAAAUCUUGAUUUUCUGAUGGACAUAGUGCAGUAAUCCAAUUUUUAGUUUGAAUGUAAUUUAUUAAAUUUCAUGUAUAUAGACACUAUAAAAAUCCAAUGUAUUUUCUCACAUACCACAUUAGAGAAAUGAUUUUUUCCAGUCACUUAUUUUCAGAACCAAAAUGGGGAAGUAGUAUUUGUUUCUUUAAUUGUACUUGUAUUGGCAUAACUUCAUUAUGUGAAGUUCUUGAGUGCUUUUAGUGUUAGGGAAAGGAGGAAGAAAAUCAAACUGGGCAAGCUUUCUGGAAGGUUGGAAUAAUCUAAUUGGUCCUCUGUGCAACAACUUAUGCUGAAAAAAUGUGCUGUCAGUAAUUAGAAACUUUAUAUCACAAUUUAUUUGACCUUAAUAUGAAUGUUUCUAAUUGAGUAUUGGCUUAUGUAUAGGAACAAUCAUAACUUAAACCUGGCUAUGCUGGUUUUCAGUGCAUAUCAGCUCAAUUUAUUAAGGUCUGUAAUAAUAUAAAAAGAACUGAAAGGUGAAAUGAUUCAGCUGAUAGAAAAUUCAUAGGAAGACUAUCUCAACAAAAAUUCAGUUGGUUUCAAGGAUUUAAUGGCAAUCAAAAAAUCUAGUUAAAUAUUUAAAUAGAGUUUUUAGAUUAUUUGCCUUUGAGGGUCAUUUUUAUUUUAAAGGUUCUAUCUUAAGCUAUUUGGCAUUUGUUAAUGGGAGGAUCAUUUAGAUUUAAGGGAAUGUUAGUUCACAAAUAUAGAAAAUGUCAUUUUUGUUCAUUUCAUUAUUUUCAGUUGCAGGAAACUAACUCACCCACAACACACACAUGCCAGUGGUACACAGUACCUCUUGUAUAUAGGUUAUUGCAAAUAUUAUUCUGAAAAUGCUUAACUUCAGAAUUACAUUUUUAAAAGUAAAUAAUUGUUUUAAAUCUAUUUUGUAAAGAUAUAAAAAAACAAUAGAAUUUCUGGAGUACAGAUUGAACUAUUUGCACUAACACAUGUGAUGUGCAUGAUUUAAUAAAAUAACUUUACUCUC